AUGGCUUCAUGUGAAUUUUCUAAGUAUGUCGGAGGUGAUUGUGGAGCAAGCUUAGUACUUCCAAGUGGUGAUUUGUGUGUAAGAAUUUCUGAAUGCUCUAAGGACAUCAAAGGCCACCUCAAGACGUGCGGCGUUUCAGAUGGUACACUAUGUUCGGAGGCGACGCUUCUGUUGGCGCGUGCAGGUAAAUCAAAUUCUAUUCGAGUUUCACCUGUAGCUCGAACGAAACAGUCAUUUUAUUCAACUUAUGUAACAAAAAUGUGCCAAUCAUAGGUAUUUUUGAGGAAGAAGAGCAAUAUUUUAAUCUCUCUAUUUGCCCAAGACACCGCGAUGCAUUUGGUCUUAGAUGGCGAAGCAACCGAAAGUUAUGUUCUUCUCCAAGUUCAUGGGCUUUUCACAGAAAAGCCAAUGUGAAGGGCGAGCGAGGGAUUACACUGAUACAGUCUCACCGCCUCUACAUGGCCUGCAAAAUCGUCAUCCCUGUUGGCUCAAGUAAG